CUGCCCGCGCCGGGGCCCCGCCGCGGGCCUGCGACAGGAGUAGCCCGCGCGCUUCGGGAGCACCGGAGGAGCCCCUUCGGCCUGGUCGCGCCAAGAGGACGGGGGUUAAAAUGAAUGAAGACCUGAAGGUCAAUUUAAGCGGGCCGCCUCGGGAUUAUUUAGAUGCUGGCGCUCCGGAGAACGUCUCGGCUACCGUCUCCUCCCAGGUUCCUGUCGGAGAGCCGGAGCCAGAGCUGGUUGUCAAUCCUUGGGACAUUGUCUUGUGUACCUCGGGAACCCUCAUCUCCUGUGAAAAUGCCAUUGUGGUCCUUAUCAUCUUCCAUAACCCCAGCCUGCGAGCACCCAUGUUCCUGCUAAUAGGCAGCCUGGCUCUGGCAGACUUACUGGCCGGCAUCGGACUCAUCAUCAAUUUUGUUUUUGCCUACCUGCUUCAGUCAGAAGCCACCAAACUGGUCACAAUCGGACUCAUUGUCGCCUCUUUCUCUGCCUCUGUCUGCAGCUUGCUGGCUAUCACUGUCGACCGCUACCUCUCCCUGUAUUACGCUCUGACAUACCACUCGGAGAGGACGGUCACGUUCACCUAUGUCAUGCUCACCAUGCUCUGGGGGACCUCCAUCUGCCUGGGGCUGCUGCCCGUGCUGGGCUGGAACUGCCUCCAAGACGAGUCCACCUGCAGCGUGGUCCGACCUCUCACCAAGAACAACGCGGCCAUCCUCUCCGUCUCCUUCCUCUUCAUGUUUGCGCUCAUGCUUCAGCUCUACAUCCAGAUCUGCAAGAUUGUGAUGCGCCACGCCCAUCAGAUAGCCCUGCAGCAUCACUUCCUGGCCACCUCCCACUACGUGACCACCCGGAAAGGGGUCUCCACCCUGGCCAUCAUUCUGGGGACCUUUGCUGCCUGCUGGAUGCCUUUCACCCUCUACUCCUUGAUAGCCGAUUACACCUACCCCUCCAUCUACACCUACGCCACCCUCCUGCCCGCCACCUACAACUCCAUCAUAAACCCUGUCAUAUACGCUUUCAGAAACCAAGAGAUCCAGAAAGCCCUCUGUCUCAUUUGCUGCGGCUGCAUCCCCUCCAGCCUCUCCCAGAGAGCACGGUCGCCCAGCGACGUGUAGCAGUGGCCCCCUUAGAGGACACACUGCACACGGAAUUCUGCAUUUACCAAGCAUUUCCACUGCCCGACCAAAUGGUUCCGAUGGUGUCCUUAAAUUCUUUCUAUUGGAUUUUCUCUUGAGCCACAGCAGUCCCAGCUAUCCUGAAGCAGUCCUUCAGAUGAGUUAAGUGAUUGAAGUGGAAAUCAUGUUGCCAGUGUCUUUGCCCCUUUAAAAAAAAAAAACACGGUUAUUUUGUUUUGUUGAGGGGCAGGGAUUUUUAUUUUCUAUUUUACUUGGAGGAUGAGUAGUGUGGGUGGGAAAGAAAGUAUAUGAUGUUAUAAAACAUAAACUGGUCCUAGAGUUUUUGCUUGGACUGUAAAAUAAAACUGAAUUACUGAGAACAAUGGAGGAGAAAAGACUUUUUCUAGACUUUUGUUUUUUUUUAAUGUCAAGGUGAUUUUCAAUGCUGCAUGUAUCUGAAUAGAAUCUCUUUCGAGCCAACACAGAUAGCCUACAUGAUUAUGUUUGGAAGAGACCUGGUUUUGUUAACAUGAACUGAGUGAUAAGUUACCAACACAGAAACUAUGUGCCCAUUCUUUGCUCCUUCUUUCUUUACUUCCAGCAAUUACUAUUCACAAGAAUUCCUUUGGUAUUUCUGUGAAUGUUGUAACUUUCUGCAUGGUUGCUGCUGUUAGCUAGACCACUAGUUUCAAAUGUUGCCAUGUAAAUCCUGAAUCAAAUGAGAACGCUUUCAAUACACAUUUUCAAUGUGUCUCUAAAAUGAAUUAUGAAAUUUGCUCCAAUUUGCAUAUGACAUAGGGUUGAGUAGAUCCACCUCGUAGUUUCUUAAAGCACAGUCUGAUUCUUUUCAGGGAACAAAAGAAAACAUUGAAUGACAUCAAUCAAAAGUAGGUUACAUUUAUUUGAAUAUAUUCUGAAAAAUAAAAAUGUAAGCUAUCACAAAAUAUGAAAACAUCACGUUUCCUAUCACUUUCUAAGAAUGUAUUGAUAUUCUUGAUUGAGAAUAGAAUUAAAUAUUGUAGAUCAAAUAUUUCUAGUCAUAUUGUCUGUGGUACAAAGUGCAUUUGAAGCAGGUGGUCUCCUAGUUUAACAAUUAAGUUGGUGAGUGCAUAUUCCACGUGUAUCUGUGACAUAUGUGAGCUAUCCUAUGUACGUUCACAAGCAGAAUGACCAUGUGGCUGUUCGUGAAAAGCUAACUCUGCAUUCCUUUUCCUUCUUUUCACCAAAAGAACAACCUAAACGCAAUAAAAACUGCAUUGCCUGUUCUCA